CAUCUUUCGCAGGGGGAUUUUUAUAGCAUUCGGCAUUGUACUCUGUAAGGGCGGAUUGGACUGCAGGGCUUCUCUACAUUUUGCACUCUGCAGUCCCAUUUUUGAAUACCCUCUGAAAUCUCAUUUCACGAAAAGAAGAAGAAAAAAUUCAAUCUGUUUUUCCCUUCCCCAUAACAAUGUCUUUCGCCAGGGAAGUGCGAGGGUAUGCUGAGAAUAGGUUUGACGCCAAGGCCACUUAUAACAAAGGCCUUAAAAUGGAAGGUAAAGGGCGAAGGGCCCUUUCUGAUAUUAGCAAUGUUGUUGGAAGAAAUCCUCAAGCAGUUGGUGCCAAGAAAUUUGCUGCAAUUGAUCGCCCUGUGACCAGGAAUUAUAUUGCUACAUUGGCAAACAAUCAGCAUUUGGUACAGGAUACUCAACAUGAUAAGAAUAUAUAUGAAGUUGAAGAGUCUGUGGUUGUUGAUAUGGAAGAUCUGAAUGGCCCUUCUGCAUUUCAACCCGAGGAAUGCAAUGAAGUGGAAAUGGAAGAUCCAUUUGAUCCAAUGGUAAUUUCAAAUAUUGAUGAGGACGAUGGUGAAAACCAAUUAGCCGUUACAGAAUAUGUACAAGACAUUUAUACUAUGUAUAGAGAAAGGGAGAACCUUAGUUGUGUUCCCCGAGAUUAUAUGUGGGAACAAACAGAUAUAAAUGAGAGAAUGAGGGGCAUUCUGAUUGAUUGGCUCAUUGAGGUACAUUUGAAGUUUGAACUCAUGGACGAAACAUUGUUCUUGACAGUCAACAUCAUUGAUAGAUACCUCUCAAGAGAAAGGGUACUAAGAAAGCAUUUACAGCUUGUGGGGGUUACUGCUAUGCUUUUGGCCUGCAAGUAUGAGGAGGUCUCUGUUCCUGUAGUAGACGAUUUUGUCCAAAUUUCAGACAAAGCCUAUACCAGAGAAGAAGUUUUACAAAUGGAGAAAUCAAUGCUCAAUGCAUUGGAAUUCAAUAUGACAGUACCAACCCCUUAUGUUUUCAUCAGGAGAUUUCUUAAGGCAGCUGAAUUUGAUAAAGAGUUGGAGACAUUGUCCUUCUUCUUCAUUGAGCUCUGUCUAGUUGAGUAUGAAAUGUUGAGGUACCCACCAUCAAUGGUAGCAGCUGCAGUUGUGUACACAGCACAAUGUACACUGAACAGAGUUCCUUAUUGGAACAGGACCAUGGAAUGUCAUAGUGGCUACUCAGAAGUGCAACUUUGGGAAUGUGCAAAGAUGAUUGUGGAUUACCAUCGCAAGGCAGGGCAGGGGAAGCUGACAUGUGUUCACAGGAAAUAUUCAUCUUCCAAAUAUAAUUGUGCAGCAAGGAUAGAACCGGCUCUCAUCAUUGGAGAGGAGAUUCUAGACUAGACAAGAAAGCCCAUGCAAAGUAAAGGGGGGACUACUUUAUCAACCAAAAUGUUAUUGUAUAUAUAACAUGAAUUGCAGAGGAGAGGGUCAUGGGGGGGAUUGUCUCGUCAUAUUACAUGAAGAGAACGUGGCUAACAAUAAUUUAGCAAAGAGACUACAAUAUUGCAACUGUAAUUUGGCUAACAAUAAUUUGACUAUUUUAAGGCGAUCGGUGAUCUUGUUUGCCUGGAAAUGGCAAAGUAUAAGAAUUUGAACACCAAUCUGGUGUAUCAUUGUUGUUUCCUUUUAAUUUAUAUAAAAAAAUUCUUUCCCUUCCAUUUUA